AUGCAAUCAUCGACUUAUAAUCAAUAUUUACCAGACGAAUUUAACGAUAAUUUUUUUUAUAAUGAUGAUAAUGAUAAUAAAAAAUUAUUUUCACAAUCGCAAUCAAUGAUUAACGACCAAAAAGAAGAGGAAAAAGUUGAAUACGAUUCUCGUGAACCAAUUAAUGGUAUAAAAGCUGGUUUAGCUGGAUUAGAAAUAAAAGGCAACGUACGAACAUUGAGUCCGGUUCUAUUUCAUCAAACAAAUACUCAAUAUUUAAUUAUGAGUAAUAAUGAAUUAAAGUAUUUGCCAGCAGAAAUUGGUAAUCUUGUCAAUCUUGUCUAUCUUGAUCUAUCACAUAAUCGAUUGAAAACAUUACCAUCUCAAAUCGGGGAUUUAAUCCAUUUAAAACGACUUUAUCUGGAAUCAAAUUUUCUUAAAAAUUUACCAUACGAAUUAGGCAAACUCAACAUUGACGAUCUUGGUUUAAACAAUAAUCCACUUGGAGAUCACAUAUUAAGCUUAUUCGCUCGGCCUAAUGGUACACGCGAAGUAAUGAAUCAUCUACGAGAAAAAUGGAAUUUCCUUUGCUCCUUUUCAAAAAUGUCUUCAUAUAAUAAAAUGCCAUUAUCUUGGGAUAACAACACAGAAAUAGAUCCGAAUAAAAAUAAUUCUAAUACAUAA